GAAUGAGAUUUUAUUAAUUUCUUAGCAACUCAUCCCAAAAUAUAAACACUUAUUGCUUUCUUAAGAUCUUUCAAAAUAUGUUUAUUUUCGUGUACAACUUCAACAUUUUCCACGAUGAUACAUUAGGUUUGCUUCUCUUGGAUAUAGUGACAUAAUUUGAAUUAAAAUUUAUGUGCCUGUGGAUCGUAAAUUAAAUGUUAUAAUAAUAUACAGUAAACUCUUCGUGAUAUGAUGUUCCAUGAUUCGAUAUCGACUACAUACUAGCAUACUAGAAACAAAACUACAUAGUACUAUGAUGAUCCCUUCAAUCAGCUUUCCAAAGUAGUUCUGUUCCAUGAUUUCCAUUAAUUAUCAUAGCAUGGACAUGUAAAAGUAACAUAUACUAAAAUUAAUUAUUUGUUUUGCUAAAAAUAUCAGCUCGGGCUAACACAGCGAAUUGAAAAUUAAAAAAAAAAGUUUAGGCAAAGACGAAAUUUUGUUUCUGGUUAUCAGCGACAAACAUACUGCAGCAACCACGUGGUAAUCAUAGCAACUCAAACGCAGACGCAUAGCGCGCGCAAACACGGAGCUAGGACAUGAAGAGAAGAUGACUGAAGCAUAGCGAUAAGGCAUCGCCUCCUUUUGGUGGCGGUCGUCCUGGAAGCGACAUUGCGCCGUGUACAUGUUUAUUAUUUUCAGUCAGUUUCAUCAAAAGUGUGCAUAAAAUACCGUGAUUCACUGAAAACAAUUUGACGGUCUCCCAUUUUAGCAUUAGGACAAGUUGAAAUCCGGAUUGAUUGACAAUUUGCAUUUGCACAGGAUCUGGGACGUGACUGUUUGUGCAUACCUUCAUAGUUUUGUGGCUUUCGCGUGACUCGAAGUGCAUAAAAUAACUAGAGCGAAGUGUUCCAGUUAUUGGCCGUACCCAAAAGCUGUAAAGGCUUUCGGAUUCGUUGGGAGACUUUGAACCCGUUCGUUGUGGCUGUUGAGGUUGUAGCUUUCCAUACAGAUGGCAACUUCGGAACCCAAGCGAGUUUCCACCAAUUUGGCCACCAUUUACGGCAGAAUCGCUGCAGGACACGAACGGAUGAAGAUAUGUUUCUGUACCGAUUUGGAUAAAUCGGUGCUGAUCAACAACUUUGAGAAGCGUGGAUGGGUUCAGGUAUCAGCCGAUGAUGACUGGAACUUCUAUUGGGCCGGGACAGGGACGUGUCGGAAUAUUUUCAGCGUGGACAGCGGCUAUCGAAUGCACGACAACCAGCUGAUCAAUCAUUUCCCCAAUCACUACGAGUUAUCACGCAAGGAUUUGCUGGUUAAAAAUAUCAAACGAUAUAGGAAGGAUUUAGAGCGGGAUGGAAACCCUUUGGCCGAAAAGACUGAAGUUAAUAUUCCUGGGGGAUCGAAGUACUUGUAUUUGGACUUCAUCCCGGUGACGUUUGUACUGCCAGCGGAUUACAACAUGUUCGUUGAGGAGUAUCGAAAAAACCCGCAGAGCACGUGGAUCAUGAAACCAUGUGGAAAGUCACAAGGAGCAGGGAUAUUUCUGAUCAACAAGCUGUCGAAGUUGAAACGAUGGUCGCGAGAAGCCAAGACAUCAUUUCAUCCGCAAAUUGGGAAGGAAAGUUAUGUUAUUUCAAGAUACAUCGAGAAUCCUCUGCUAAUUGGUGGUAAAAAGUUCGAUCUUCGCCUGUACGUCUUAGUAACUUCAUUCCGACCGCUCAAGGCUUACCUGUUUCGGUUGGGUUUCUGUCGGUUCUGUACGGUCAAAUAUGACACCAGUGUCACAGAAUUGGACAACAUGUACGUCCACCUGACAAACGUCAGUGUACAGAAACAUGGUGGUGAAUACAACAACCAUCAUGGUGGAAAAUGGAGUGUUCAGAAUCUGCGACUCUUUCUGGAAGGAACCCGUGGCAAAGAGGUCACCGACAAGUUGUUUGGGUCCAUAACUUGGCUGAUCGUACACUCGUUGAAGGCCGUUUCCAGUGUGAUGGCAAGUGAUCGCCACUGUUUCGAAUGCUACGGCUACGAUAUCAUUAUCGACAAUACCCUGAAACCAUGGCUGGUCGAAGUGAAUGCGUCACCUUCGCUCACGUCAACUACGGCCAACGAUCGGAUAUUGAAGUACAAGUUGAUCGAUAACAUUUUGAAUAUCGUGCUGCCCCCCGAUGGAAUCCCAGAUGUUCGAUGGAACAAGAUUCCCAGUCCGGAUAUGCUCGGCAACUUCGAUCUGCUGAUCGACGAGGAGAUCGCCGCCCAGGAUGAAGGUGCCCCCAGCAACAACGGCAAAAGUAGAUCGAACAACAAUCGGUGGAAAUGAGAUUAAAUUGAAACGUGCGUGCAA